AUGAAGGUCUUGAUUUCGGUCGUUUUGCUGGCCACUGUUGCCGUUUUGCCUGCGGCCUCAUCCACUUGCCAGGGCACAACACGUGCCUAUCAGACGUGCGGUUACGAUGACCAAGGAACUUGGCACCUCAACGAGAGCAGCAAGUGCAGUCACACUCAGCUCGGUUAUUGCUGCGAUAAAGAAUAUUCUAACUGGUCGAGCUCAAGCAAAUCUGAUUACGAUACCGAGCUCCGCAACCAUUGUGCUGUCAUCCUCUGA